AUGAGCGAGCCGAAGAAGCAGAUUGUGGAGGAGGAGAAGCGGGACGUGGAGGCGCCUGCCCCUACAAAGGAAAAGGAGGAGGAAGCAACACAGGCAGAGGCCGUCGAUCCAGCCAAGUCAAAGCGCGAUGAGCCCCACAAGCACUGGAAGCGCUCCGUUGAACCCGUCAAGGCCCAGACAGAGCCGCCCACGGUGCCCAUCGCCGACAUGUUCCCAAACAACAACUUCCCGCUCGGCGAGGUGCAGACCUACAAGGACGAGUCGCGCCUGCGUGAGACGGAGGAGGAGCGCCGUGCCGCAGAGACAAUGAUGGAGACGGAGCUCCAGGAGAUGCGCGAGGCCGCCGAGGGCCACAGGCAAGUGCGGCAGUACAUCCGCAAGAUUGCCAAGCCCGGCAUGAAGCUCAUCGACCUCUGCGAGAAGCUGGAGGAGUGCUCUCGCAACGUCAUGCAAGCAAAGGGCACCAAGCGCGGCAUUGCGUUCCCCACGGGCUGCAGCAUCAACAACUGCGCUGCGCAUUACACCCCAAACACAGGCGACAACACCGUCCUCAACUAUGUAUGUACCAACACGGGCAUCCGCGAGGCCGGCAUCGAUGCGCCCCUCAUGGAGGUUGGCGCUGCGAUCCAGGAGGUGAUGGAGUCGUAUGAGAUUGAGCUCAACGGCAAGACGUACCCAAUCAAGUCCAUCGACAACCUCAACGGUCACUCCAUCGAGCCAUACUGCAUCCACGCCGGCAAGAGCGUCCCCAUUGUCCGGGGCCGCGGCCAGGGCCGCAUGGCUGAAGGCGAGGUGUAUGCGAUUGAGACGUUUGGAUCGACGGGCCGCGGCCGCGUCAUUGAGACGGGCGAGUGCUCCCACUACAUGAAGGUCUUCAACGCCCCGCGCGCCCCGCUCCGCACCAAGGGCGCACGUGAUUUGCUCAACACCAUCAACAGGAACUUUGGCACGCUCGCCUUCUGCCGUCGCUAUCUCGACCGCCUUGGACAGAAACGCUACUUGAUGUCCCUGAAGCAGCUCGUUGACGCCGGCCUCGUGGGCGCCCACCCACCACUGUGCGACGUCAAGGGCUCUUACACAGCCCAGUUUGAGCACACCAUUGUCCUGCGGCCGUCAUGCAAGGAAGUGCUUACACGCGGUGAUGACUAUUGAACCCAUUCAAGCCAAACGCCAACCAAGCAAACAGCCAAUCCAACCAACAGCAACGUGCUCUUGCCCCUUUGCCUGCACUGCUGUUGUGUGCACACCAGACAGAGACAAGUCCCCCCCCCCACACACACACACACACAUACACACACACGCGCGCGCCCUCGUUCUUUGCCUCCCAUCAGUUCGACUCAUAAACCCAAACCAUUCACAA